AUGCAAUUAACAGAAGUGAAAAUGCUUUUAAAACCUGUGAUUAAAUUAAUCAUCUUGAAUUUACCAUAUCCACAGAUGGAAAGCAAAUCAAAAGCAGAAAAAUCAAAUACUACUACAGUCACAGAGUUUACACUCGUGGGGUUUUCUGAUAUACCCAAUCUUCAGCAGAUUCUUUUUGGGAUAUUUUUUGUCAUAUAUCUGAUGAUUUUGUUGGGCAAUAGCAUCAUAAUACUGAUAACAAGAAUUGAUCCUACUCUCCAGAAUCCCAUGUAUUUUUUUCUUGCCAAUUUUUCCUUCUUGGAAAUAUGUUAUGUAACAGUCACUGUCCCAAGAAUGCUCAGGGAUAUCUGGACCCAGAAAGGAAAUAUUUACUUUCUGCCCUGUGCUACGCAAAUGUAUUUUGUUCUUAUGUUUGGAGGCACAGAGUGUUUGCUCCUGACAGUGAUGGCAUAUGACCGCUAUGUGGCCAUUUGUAACCCUCUGAACUAUUCUCUAGUAAUGAACCACAAAGUCUGUAUCCAGCUGGUGGCUGGCUCCUGGAUAAGUGGAAUUCCAGUCGAAAUUGGACAAACAUGUCAAAUUUUCUCUCUGUCCUUUUGUGGGUCUAGCACAAUUAAUCAUUUCUUCUGUGACAUCCCCCCAAUACUAAAACUUGCUUGUGGGGACACAUUUGUAAAUGAGAUGGCAGUCUAUAUAUUUUCUGUGGUGUUUUUCAUGGUUCCAUUUCUGUCGAUCGUUGCCUCCUAUGGCAAAAUUAUCUCCAGUAUUCUGAAAUUGUCCUCAGUCAGAGGGAGGGCCAAAGCCUUCUCCACCUGCUCUUCUCAUCUGACAGUUGUAGUCUUAUUCUAUGGAACAGCUGCUAUCAAUUAUUUACAGCCCGCAUCAAAUAAAUCUGAAGGACUGAGGAAGCUCCUUUCUCUUUUCUACACAAUUUUGACACCAAUGAUGAAUCCCAUCAUAUAUAGUCUGAGGAACAAAAAUGUCAUGGUGGCACUGAAGAAAUUACUACUUAAUUACUAA